AUGUCCCCCAGCCCAGAAGCCAAGUAUACCGUUCGCAAAACCGGCGAGCCCUGCACCGAGGACUUUCGCGUAUAUAUAACAGCGGGCGACAAUAUUGUGUCCCCCUGGCACGAGAUCCCCUUAUUCCCAUCGGAGAAUGAACCGCACGUGGUGAACAUGGUUGUGGAGAUCCCACGGUGGAGCAACGUCAAGAUGGAGGUGGGUCACGAUGUUGAUGUGCAGUAUAAGAGUGGAUACGGAUCGACGACUCUUCGUUUACCUAUCUGCACCGGAGAUGUCGCCCCUGCAGAAGCGUAUAGAUUGAUCGACAGUGCUAAUUCUGUGGACACUAUCCAGAUCGCCAAAGACGAGUUCCUGACUCCCAUCCACCAGGAUAUCAAAAAUGACAAGCCCCGCUACGUCCCGAACAUCUUUCCGCAUAAGGGGUAUCCAUGGAACUACGGCUCUUUGCCGCAGACAUGGGAAGACCCGAACAUCACAGACCCUCACACCGGUCGCCGCGGUGACGCCGACCCGCUAGACGUGUGCGAACUCGCCGGCGAAAUCGAAACAGUUGGUGCCAUCAAACGCGUAAAAGUACUUGGCACGUUUGCAGUUAUUGACGAAGGCGAGACGGACUGGAAGAUUGUCGUCGUGGACGCGAAUAAUCCCUUGGCCGGUCGAUUAAAUGACAUCAGUGAGGUCGAGACACACAUGCCUGGGUAUCUUGCGACUAUGCAGGAGUGGUUUCGAUUAUACAAAGUGCCGGAGGGGAAGGGGAAGAAUGAGAUUGCUAUGAAUGGGGAGUUAAAGGGAAGAGAUUUUGCCCUGUCUCUGAUAGCUAGAUGUCAUGGGAGUUGGAAGAAGAUCCUGACUGAGCCAGCUGUGAAGACGAAGGUUUCCAUGGCCGACAUCGGUGUCGAAGACAACAACCUCGCCAGACAGCUUCAGGAGGGACAUAGUAGCGGCGGCUUGCAGCUGGCAGAUCAACUGGAUGUGGACAAGUACCACUUUUUGAACCCAGAAUGGCCACUGGCUGCUUCUUGUCCGGGCCGGACCAUUGAUGUGUAG